AUGGUUCAUAAGGGUGUAGUUUUCGGGGUGAUUCUUCUCUUCAUCUUCUCUGCAAUAGCCAAAGCUGAUUCAAACCCUCUUAAAGAGGAGGAUAAGAAGAAACCAGACCAUGUGGUAGCUGGCAGUGAACCGCAGUAUUCGGAGGAUCAGUUUGGUCGUCGGUGUUGCGGAUGGGGACCUGGUCGACGAUACUGUGUUCGGUGGUGUCGUAACGCGGAAGAGGUGGCAGCUUUCGAGGCAUAUGAAUUAGAAGCUGAAGAAGGGGGAGGACCGCAGUACUCGGAGGAUCAGGUUGGAAGUAGGUGUUGUGGAUGGGCUUGGAAAUCUGGUCAGAGAGUUUGUAUUCGGUGGUGUCGUAACGCUGAAGAGGUAGCAGCUCUCGAGGCGUACGAAGAAGAAGCUAAAGAAGGAGAAACGCAAUACUUGGAGGAUCAGUUUGGUCGUCGGUGUUGCGGUUGGGGACCUGGUCAUCGAUAUUGUGUGCGUUGGUGCUAA